AUGAGCCGAAAAACGGGUGAUGCCAUAUGCACAUGGAAAUAUUUGGGACAAUUUAAGAAACUUGGUGUUUGUGCUAGUAUGGUACCCAUAUGGGACCUACAAGAUGAGAAGGAAGAGGAUCUUUCUGGAAAAAUAGUCAUUUUUGCCGCAACCAACUUUUUUAGUGCCCCAUUCACGAAUUCCAAUUUCCAAGAAUGUAAUCUAAAUCUUCGGGAAAUCUCCUCAUUCCCAUUCCCUCGCCGACAGGAAAUUCCUUAUGUUAUGGUGGCUUAUGAAAGUCCAUACAAUGCAAAAUUAGAAACUUAUAAAGACUUUUUCAAUUGGACAAUGAGUUAUCGAAUUGAUUCUGACGUGUUCGCUCCGUACGGUGGAUUGCUGAGGAAUUCAGAAUUGGUAAAAGUCAACUAUACCGAAAUCUGGAAAUCGAAAACGAAAGGAACGUUAUGGCUGGUUUCAAAUAAUAUUGUCAAUAAUAAAAGGAAGAAAUUAGUGGAAAAGUUAAUCGAGAAUGGUAUGAAAGUUGAUUUGUACGGAAAAGUUUAUAAUCGAGAACCGGAUAAUUGUCCGCGAGAUGGAGCCCAGGAAGGGUGUGAUGAGAGGUUUCAGUCACCCUACAAAUUCGUCAUCGCUUUCGAAAAUAGUAAUUGCAAGGAUUAUGUGACUGAAAAAUUUUGGAGAAAAGCUGAGCAAUACAAAAUGGUCCCAAUUUGA